AUGCCUCCACCCCUACGAGGAAUCAAGAUCGUCGACAUGACACGCGUUCUGGCCGCCCCAACGGCGACGAUGCUCCUAGCAGACCUCGGUGCCGACGUGAUCAAGGUUGAAGAAGUGUCCCGGGGAGAUGAUACACGUUCCUGGGUUCCCGCCUCGGCCCCAAUAGCCCCGAAUGCACCACCCGAAUCAGCGCACUUGCCUGCCGAAUCUGCCUACUUCCUGUCGGUGAACAGGAACAAGCGGUCCAUGACGUGCAACUUCAAGACCCCCCAGGGCCUUGAGAUCAUGCAUAAGCUCAUCGCAAGCGCAGACGUCUUGGUGGAGAACUUUGUCACUGGUCGACUGAAAAAAAUGGGUCUUGGCUGGGACCAGUGCAAAAAGAUCAAUCCUAGGCUGAUCUACGCCAGCGUGACCGGCUACGGGCAGACCGGACCGUAUGCGACCGCCCCUGGAUACGACGUUAUCAUUGAGGCCGAAGCCGGGUUGAUGCACAUCACAGGAGAGCCCGAUGGUCCUCCAUGCAAAGUCGGUGUCGCGGCAACCGAUAUCGCCACUGGUCUUUACGCGCACGGCGCCAUCAUGGCCGCCCUCAUAUCUCGUCAACAGACUGGCCAAGGAGUCCACAUAGAUUGCAAUCUUUUCGAGUCGCAGAUAGCCGGGUUGGUGAACAUCGCUUCCAAUUAUCUCAUCGGCGGGCUCGUGCAUAAAAGGAACGGCACUUCCCAUCCGAGCAUCGUACCUUACCAAGUCCUUCCUUGCAAAGAUGGCUUCAUCAUGAUUGGCGCUGCCAACGACAAACAGGCCAGUCGAGCCUUGUCUCAGUUCGCCCUGCUUGCCAAUAUGAUCGGUCGACCCGACCUAGCUUCGGAUCCUCGGUUUACCACAAACGCGAAACGAGUGGAUCAUCGCGCCGAAGUCAUUCAGGCCGUUACAGAAGCGCUCAUGGAACACGACCGUGAUUACUGGCUCAAGCGCUUCGAGGGAGGGGGUGUCCCAUUUGGACCCAUCAAUGACAUCGCCGAAACCUUCGCUCAUCCACAGGCUAAAGCUCGCGACAUCGUUGUGGAGGUCGAGCAUCCUCGAGCCGGCAAGAUUAAAUUGGUUGCUCCUCCUGUCAUGUACAACGGGAAACGCAUGGACGUGCGCAGACCGCCUCCUUGGCUCUCCGAGCACACUGAAGAGGUUCUCACUGAGCUGGGAUACACACCUGAUGAUAUCACACAGUUCCGGGCAGACAAGAUCGUGUAA